CUCUCACCAGCCAUGAUCUUGUCGAUUAACAGCUCUUCAACCCAUGUGACUGAGUUUUUGAUGAUCUGCUUCCCAGGGAUGCAGAACAUACAGCACUGGCUGUCAAUACCAUUGACACCUCUACUAGUGCUGGCGCUUGGGGCCAAUGUGGUCCUGUUGCUGACCAUCCAGCGAGAAGCUUCUCUACAUGAGCCUAUGUAUUACUUAAUGGCCAUCCUUUCCAUCUUGGAUAUCAUCAUUUGUCUAACUGUAAUCCCUAAGGUCUUGCUCAUCUUCUGGUUCAACAUGAAGUCCAUUAGCUUCACAGGCUGCUUUCUACAGAUGUUUGUCAUGAAUACCUUCCUGCCCAUGGAAUCAUCCACCUUUCUCAUCAUGGCUUAUGAUCGCUAUAUUGCUAUCUGUCAUCCUCUACACUACCCAUCUAUCAUAACUGAGCAGUUUGUAGUCAAGGCUGCCAUAUUCAUUAUCUUCCGCAACCUAUUUGUCAUGUUACCCACCCCAAUAUUGGCUGCUCGGCUGGAUUACUGUGCAGGAAAUGUAAUAGAAAACUGCAUCUGUGCCAAUAUCUCUGUGGCUCGACUCUCCUGUGGGGAUAUCCAUCUUAACAAACUCUACCAGUUUGUGAGUAUCUGGUGCCUGAUGGGAUCUGACAUGGUACUGAUUUUGCUUUCUUAUUGUUUCAUAUUGAGGACUGUGUUGAAACUACAAUCUGAAGGAGCAGCCACAAAGGCUCUGAGUACUUGUGGUUCCCAUCUGAUUCUCAUCCUAUUCUUAUAUACAAUUUUACUUGUCUUCAUCUUUACUAAUAAAGCUGGCAAGAAGGUGCCUGCUGAAGUGCCCAUCCUUCUCAAUGUUCUGCAUCACCUUAUCCCACCAGCUCUCAAUCCCAUUGUCUAUGGAGUUCGCACUCAGGAAAUCAAGCAUGGCAUCUUGAAAUUGUUGAAGUAUCAAAAAUGA